AUGGAGAUGAAACGUCAUGAAAAGCCGGGCACGUUAGCGCCCAUGAACCCGGCUGGCAGAAAGGAGGAAGAAGGAAAAAGUUCACGAUCUAGUAGCAAAUCAGAGCUCAAACUAAUCCCGGACAAAUCACCAUCUGAUGAUGGCUUAAGAAAAGAAAGACGGUUGUCCAAAGCAAGUGAUAGUUUUAAAGAUACUCUUGAAAGACAAGAUUCAAAAGCAUCGACAUUGAGCCCAAAGGUAUCGCGAAAAUAUUUUCACAACUGGAAACAGGCAUGCGACAAAACUAAAGACAAAACAAAAGAGCUUCUGAAACGUUGGAGGACAUUGCCAGAAUCUGAAGUCGCUGGAACCCAGAUGCAACAAGAAGGAAGUGAAAACGAUAAACAUCACGGCUGGAGUGUUCAUGUGUGGACAACAUGGGUAAAUCGCUGCAGCGAAGAUUUAGAAUGUUUAGAUCUAGAAGAAGAGCAGCCCCUAGCACAGCUGAGUUCUGUUCAAUCGGACAAAAUGACACUUUUCUUCACCGAGCUGUUAGACCAUGACAGAGAUGAUGUUAUCUGUGAUCAGGAUUUUGAUAAUUUUUUUGAGAAACUUGCUCACUUUGCCGAUUGGUCGACAAAUUCAUCCGAGUUCCACAUACUGUUAGAAGUCAAGAGGGAAUUUAUAGAACAUUUUAUAAGUCCACUGCCCACCAAAUUUGCUGAACUGGCGUAUUAUAGAAGAGUUUGUGGACCCGAGGCCGGCGGCAUUCCGGGUCGUACUACUUUAGAAGGCUGGUUAGCAAGAUGGGCGCUGCAGUUGAGUGAAAUGAAGCGAUUUGUAGAUCUACCAUUGUAUCUACAGUACCUUUGCAAGAUUCUUUUCCAUGUGGUGGAUAGAGAAAGUACAGGUGACAUAUCUAAAACAGCUUUAGCCGCGUUUUAUCGUUCAGUCAUCGGUCUGCCAGCAGCUAGAGUUGAAGAAAUCAUUGACACAGCGUACGCCAGAAUGACAAGUAAUAACUACCUAAUACUCGACUACGGAACCUAUGUCCACUGUUUCACUAAUUGGUUGAUGGGUAAGAACCCUAAUGGUCCCGGACAGUGGGUCCUCGUUCCUCCUACAGAUCCGUUACCACAGCCGCCUUUUCCAGUUGACUACAGCGCUUUAAACACCGAACCAGCGAAAUUAGAACCUUAUGCCCCAGAUAAAAAGACCAAUAGGCAUUCUGUUAUUGUUUAA